UGAGCACCUUUCUGAUAUGAAGGCCGAAGAUACAGAGGGAGAAGAAGAGACGUAUGUGACUGAUAUGAAGGCAGAAGAUACAGAGGGAAAAGAAGAGACGUAUGUGAUGGAUAUGAAGGGAGAAGAUGAGACGUAUGUGACUGAUAUGAAGGCAGAAGAUACAGAGGGAGAAGAGACGUAUGUGACUGAUAUAAAGGCAGAAGAUAUAGAGGGAGAAGAAGAGACGUAUGUGACUGAUAUGAAGGCAGAAGAUAUAGAGGGAGAAGAGACGUAUAUGACGGAUAUGAAGGCAGAAGAUACAGAGGGAGAAGAAGAGACGUAUGUGACUGAUAUGAAGGCAGAAGAUAUAGAGGGAGAAGAGACGUAUGUGACUGAUAUGAAGGCAGAAGAUAUAGUGGGAGAAGAAACGUGUGUUACUGAUAUGAAGGCAGAAGAUAUAGAGGGAAAAGAGACGUAUAUGAUUGAUAUGAAGGCAGAGGAUAUAGAGGGAGAAGAAGAGACGUAUAUGACUGAUAUGAAGGCAGAAGAUAUAGAGGGAGAAGAAGAGACAUAUGUGAUUGGUAUGAAGGCAGAAGAUAUAGAGGGAGAAGAAGAGACGUAUGUGAGGAGAGAUCAGAAGUGUAAUGAAGAGGAAAUGCCUACAGAUAUCACCACAGCAGAUGGAGGCACAAGCAGGAAUUCCUUGGAGGGAGAUCUCAUCUUGUCUGCAGAAAGUAAAAUAGAAGAUAACACCACACAGGAUUCUCCAGGAGACAUCCCCAUUUCUCUAACUAUACAUCCAGUACCUGAUACUUCAUCUGAUCCCUCUAAUCCAGAUGACUGUUCAUGUAAUACCUCAGAUUUUGUUACACAUCAUGCAGCUCAUACAUGUGAUAAAAUAUUUCCAUGCUCUGAGUGUGGGAAGAGUUUUGCACGCAAAUUACAACUUGUUAUACAUCAGAGAAGUCAUACAGGUGAGAGACCAUUUCCAUGUUCUGAGUGUUGGAAAAGUUUUGCACACAAACCAGAGCUUGUUCUACAUCAGAAAAGUCACACAGGUGAGAAACCAUUUCUAUGUUCUGAGUGUGAGAAAUGUUUUCCACUCAAAUCACAGCUUGCUAGACAUCAGAGAAUUCACACAGGUGAGAAACCAUUUCCAUGCUCUGAGUGUGGGAAAUGUUUUCUGUAUAAAUCAGAUCUUGUUAUACAUCAGAGACGUCACACAGGUGAGAAACCAUUUCCAUGCUCUGAGUGUGGGAAAAGUUUUGCACGCAAAUCACAUCUUGCUAGACAUCAGAGAAGGCACACAGGUGAGAAUACAUUUCCAUGCUCUGAGUGUGGGAAAUGUUUUCUGUAUAAAUCAGAACUUGUUAUACAUCAGAGAAGUCACACAGGUGAGAAACCAUUUCCAUGUUCUGAGUGUGGGAAAUGUUUUAUAGUCAAAUCACAUCUUGCUAGACAUCAGAGAAGGCACACAGGUGAGAGACCAUUUCCAUGUUCUGAGUGUGGGAAAUGUUUUCUGUGUAAAUCAGAUCUUGUUAUACAUCAGAGAAUUCACACAGGUGAGAGACCAUUUUCAUGUUCUGAGUGUGAGAAAUGUUUUCCACUCAAAACACAGCUUGCUAGACAUCAGAGAAUUCACACAGGUGAGAAUACAUUUCCAUGCUCUGAGUGUGGGAAAUGUUUUCUGUAUAAAUCAGAACUUGUUGCACAUCAGAAAAGGUACACAGGUGAGAGACCAUUUCCAUGUUCUGAGUGUGGGAAAUGUUUUCUGUAUAAAUCAGAACUUGUUAUACAUCAGAGAAGUCACACAGGUGAGAAACCAUUUCCAUGCUCUGAGUGUGGGAAAUGUUUUCUGUAUAAAUCAGAACUUGUUAUACAUCAGAGACGUCACACAGGUGAGAAACCAUUUCCAUGCUCUGAGUGUGGGAAAAGUUUUGCACGCAAAUCACAUCUUGCUAGACAUCAGAGACGUCACACAGGUGAGAAUACAUGCUCUGAGUGUGGGAAAUGUUUUCUGUAUAAAUCAGAACUUGUUAUACAUCAGAGACGUCACACAGGUGAGAAACCAUUUCCAUGUUCUGAGUGUGGGAAAUGUUUUAUAGUCAAAUCACAUCUUGCUAGACAUCAGAGAAGGCACACAGGUGAGAGACCAUUUCCAUGUUCUGAGUGUGGGAAAUGUUUUCUGUAUAAAUUAGAACUUGUUAUACAUCAGAGAAGUCACACAGGUGAGAAACCAUUUCCAUGUUCUGAGUGUGGGAAAUGUUUUAUAGUCAAAUCACAUCUUGCUAGACAUCAGAGAAGGCACACAGGUGAGAGACCAUUUCCAUGUUCUGAGUGUGGGAAAUCUUUUCUGUGUAAAUCAGAUCUUGUUAUACAUCAGAGAAUUCACACAGGUGAGAGACCAUUUUCAUGUUCUGAGUGUGAGAAAUGUUUUCCACUCAAAUCACAGCUUGCUAGACAUCAGAGAAUUCACACAGGUGAGAAUACAUUUCCAUGCUCUGAGUGUGGGAAAUGUUUUCUGUAUAAAUCAGAACUUGUUGCACAUCAGAGAAGGUACACAGGUGAGAGACCAUUUCCAUGUUCUGAGUGUGGGAAAUGUUUUCUGUAUAAAUCAGAACUUGUUAUACAUCAGAGAAGUCACACAGGUGAGAAACCAUUUCCAUGCUCUGAGUGUGGGAAAAGUUUUCUGUGUAAAUCAGAACUUGUUAUACAUCAGAGAAGUCACACAGGUGAGAAACCAUUUCCAUGCUCUGAGUGUGAGAAAAGUUUUUCAGGCAAAUCACAUCUUGUUGCACAUCAGAGAAGGCACACAGGUGAGAGACCAUUUCCAUGUUCUGAGUGUGGGAAAUGUUUUCUGUAUAAAUCAGAACUUGUUAUACAUCAGAGAAGUCACACAGGUGAGAAACCAUUUCCAUGCUCUGAGUGUGAGAAAUGUUUUCCACUCAAAUCACAGCUUGCUAGACAUCAGAGAAGUCACACAGGUGAGAAACCAUUUCCAUGCUCUGAGUGUGGGAAACGUUUUGCACGCAAAGCGUAUCUACCUAAACAUAAAAAAUUACACAGGAGUAAAGCAUUACUAUGAUCUGAUACACAACAGGGUUGUAGCAACACUUUAUUGUAUUGGACAGGUCCGGACUGCCCAUCUUUCACCUCUGGCAUAUUCCAGAAGUGCCAAUGGACUGUUGGUUUCAUCCAGUUCCACAGA